CCGGUGUUUGUGUCUCAUCCACAUUGGCAGGAGGACUCAAGACCCUGGGCAAAGCUAGUGCAAGCUAAAGGUGUUUGGAGCUAUGGCUGAAAACGCAGCAGAUUGCGAGUUUCCACAAAGGCGACUCGGACCCAAAGAGAGCCGCAACGGUAGUUUUAAAGAUGCAUCAGUCAGAGAAAGACGGCAGCAAGAACGAGAAGAGCGUCUCUCUCUGGUGCUGUGGAGAAAGCCCUUCCAGACGCUGCAGUAUUCUUUCUUAGAGACACUCGUCACUUUGAAGGAGUGGACAUGGAAGCUCUGGUACAGAAGAUAUUCAGUGUUUUUCGUCCUAGUGCUUUUUUCAGUCUUCACAACGGCCUACUCAAUAGAAGGAGCACAUCAAACGUAUGUACAGUACAUGGAGAAGAAGGUCCUGUGGUGUGCCUACUGGGUAGGCUUGGGGAUUUUGUCUUCAGUAGGCCUUGGUACAGGUCUUCACACUUUCCUUCUUUACCUGGGCCCACACAUAGCCUCUGUCACACUGGCCGCGUAUGAGUGUGGCUCUGUGAACUUCCCCGAGCCGCCAUACCCGACUCAGAUUGUGUGUCCAGAGGAGGAGGGGGUGCCGGACAGUGUGUCCCUCUGGACCAUUAUGUCUAAGGUCCGGCUAGAGGCCUGCAUGUGGGGAGCUGGUACUGCUAUUGGAGAACUCCCUCCAUAUUUCAUGGCACGAGCGGCCCGACUUUCCGGAUCUGAACCGGAUGAUGAGGACUAUGAGGAAUUUGAAGAGAUGCUGGAACAAGCAGAGAGCGCACAGGACUUUGCAACAAGAGCGAAACUCGCUGUCCAAAACAUGGUUCAGAAAGUAGGAUUCUUGGGAAUCCUGGCCUGUGCCUCAAUCCCAAAUCCUCUGUUUGACCUAGCUGGUAUUACAUGCGGCCAUUUCCUGAUCCCGUUUUGGACCUUCUUUGGAGCAACACUAAUCGGAAAAGCAGUUAUCAAGAUGCACAUUCAGAAACUCUUUGUAAUCAUAACGUUCAGCAAGCACAUAGUGGAGCAGAUGGUCUCUCUGAUCGGGGCCAUACCCGGGGUUGGAGUUUCCUUACAGAAGCCUUUCCGUGAAUAUCUGGAAGCACAGCGAGCUAAGCUUCAUCACCCAGCUGGGGAUGGAACACCUGCGGGUGAGAACUGGCUCUCCUGGGUCUUUGAGAAAGUGGUGCUCGUCAUGGUCUGCUAUUUCAUUUUGUCUAUCAUAAAUUCCAUGGCACAGAGCUAUGCCAAGCGGCAGCAGCAGAAGAAGCACUGCGAAGAGAAAACCAAGUGAUAGACUCACAGGAAAUCAUCUCAGGCUCCCAUUUUGGAAACGAAGGAGUAUUUAACCCCCGAAUAGACGGAAUGGGCAUUAAUUUAACACGUGCUUCUUUGUGUACUAUUAUGUUGUAUCCCUUCAAUCCCCCCACCCCACCCCACUUUGUCUGUAGCACUUACCUAUUAAAAUCAGAUGUUAGAACUUUGUGGUUUUUACCUCUACAGGAGACGUACAGGAGAUUAAUAGAGACUGUAGACGGUAAUACUUGUUGCAAAAGCCUUAUGCAACAUUGCAGGGUCAUGCUUCCAUUGAACUGAAUACAGUUUGAUCAUGUAGAAUAAUUUAUUUCAUUUCUGUGUUAACAGUAUGACUGGGCAGGGUUACUUUUGUGAGACUGGUGAGGCAGAGAGUGUUUUUCAGGGGCAUGUUUUUUUUUUUAAAACAUGGUCUGAUGGCAAUUUUCUUUUUCUUACACAGGGACAGCAAUAUCAAACAAAAAAAAAAGAGAAAUCUGUAUGGCUUCUUAAUUGCCUGCACAUUAUGUAAAUAAUUUGUGUUUUAACAUAGUUUAUGGAAGUCUUAAACAGACUUUCUGCCAUAAUGUGACAAAACUGAUGUUAUUUAAAUCUGGUUAAGAAUUAGCCUAGCCUCAUGUACCAUGCAUAUUAGACAUUUAACUUUAUAAACUGCCCCGAUUUAUGGUUUUCUUUCUGUCUUAAUACGUUUUAUGUGAAGCUAAAACUUGUAGGUCUUUCUUAGACCUUGGUUUAAUUCUGUUCUGACAUUAAAAUCAAGUAAUGCAUCAUUUGGUUACACUUCAUCAUGUUCUAGCUUUUAUUCAAGGAUUAUAAGUCCUUUAUGCUGCUGCCUGCCUGGGUUUUUUUUCUCCCCCUGAAGAUGUCCAUCUCCAGAGGUAAGUGUAGUUUAUAAAAAUGCAAGUUCCUGAUUAAUCUUAGUGUUUGACAAUCUAUGAAUGAAGUGGUUUUUGGGUUUUGUUGUACAUUCUACAAUGUAGCUACUAUGUAAUUUGCUAUAUUGUCUACUGUUAAGUCAUUAUAGUGAUGAUGAUCUGUAACAGAGGAUAUCUUUUUUUUUUUUAUAGAAUGAUAAAAAAAUGACAUGAAAUAGGUUUGAUUUUGCCAGCAGGGUUGUAGGGAAGUUAAAAGGUUUUUACAUAAUUCACCGUUGAGGUUCUUUUUUUUUUUUAUCAGGAGCAUCGUGUUCUCACAGUCCCAUCAUGUCAGAUAGCUUAUCAGACUGGUGUUGGCUCUGAAGUCGUAAGGCGACAGCAGUCUGUAGGCUGACUGAAAUUUUGGGUUUAUCACCUCAGAGGAAAUGAAAGUGCUUCAGUUUUGCAAUACUCACUUCUGUUCACCAAAAAAAAAAAAAAACUUGACGGUUGGGCCAAGUCUAGAUCCUCAAAGAAAAUGCUUAAACAGGAACCUGAAGUUCUUCCUCUGUGAGAUUUCUGCUCUGAAAUAUGAUCAGACUUUACCAUUUUAUAGAAGUUUGUUUUUUUUAGAUUGAUUGAUAAAUAUCAGAUUUGAUGUGUUUCUAUUUGCCACUCUUUCUACAUGUAGUUACAGUUUGAACAACACAAUUCUGGUCAAUGUAGCAUGAAUUGAUGUGUCUAAACAAAUGAGUAAUUGUCUUUGCAUAUAUUUAAAAUAGUCAUUUGCAUGUUUUACUUUGGGGGGGGCAAAUUACAUAGCACAUGUGGGUUUGGUACGAGAUCUCGAGAACCAAACAAACUUAAAACAGUGGACCAGUGGAGACAAAUAUUCCUUCAAUCUUAGUGACUGAAAGACAGUCAGGUAGAAGUGGUGAAUAAAUGUAUUGGUGUUAUAUGUGCUUGUAAAUUGUUUCAUGACUUCUUUUUUUUUUUGCAACUAAUAAAAUAAUUUUUUUUAAAAAUGAG